CCUUGCUCAAACUCAUACACUUGAUCACAACAAGCUUUACUUUGAUAAUGGCUCAAUCUACUACAUCUAAUCCAAUUUCUGUAAUAGGGUCCGAGUGUACAGCCCCAUAUCCAUUCGAUAUCAUAGUCGAACGAAAAUCAGGCGGAAACAUGGUCAUCACAGACAUGAACAACAAUACAUUGCUCAAAGUAAAAGCAUGCAACACAACAUUUCAUUAUGAGCGCGCAAUCUUUAACGCCGAUGGCAGAAUAAUUCUUAGGCUCCGCGAUAAGAUCAUAAGUCAACAUAAUCGGUGGAAGGCGUAUAGGGGCGAUAAUAGAUCUAACAAGAAUAUGAUAUUUACCACAAAACAACCAAACAUGAUUCAGUUUAAAACCAGUUUGCAUGUCUUCUUGGCAAACAAAGAUGUUUGUGAUUUUAAGGUUAAAGGAAGCUGGUCCAAGAGAAAAUGCAAAAUAUAUACGGGGGAUUCGGCUUCUUCGACAAUAGCACAAAUGUAUAAAAAAGACAAAUCAAAGAAAGUGAAGAUGGAUAAGAACAAAUUCAUGGUGACUAUUUACCCUAACGUAGACUACGUGUUUGUGGUCGCGCUAAUUGCUAUUGUGGAUGCUAUGAAAACCGUGGAUAAAGACUAUGCUGAGAAAAUGGUAGAAACUAAUGCUCAAGUUAUUGGUGCAACGGCAUAGACGGAUGAUGGAUUUAACAUGAGAGCGUCUGCUUUUCGGAUGUUUAAGGACCGUGUUCUAGCUCUCCUAUUACUUUUGAUCAAUGUAGUAUAGAUAUGUGGAUUGGAUUUACAAAAGUUAUAUAAUUUUUUUCGUUCUAGACUCCA